AUGCUCACAGGCUCGUGUCUCUGCAACGCGAACAAAUUCCAAAUCGAAGAGAAAAACAUCAUCCGUAAGAUAACAUGCCAUUGUGCUCGCUGUCGUAAAGUCAGUGGCGGACUAUCCACAACCAACCUCGUUGUCCAGAAGGAGGGAUUCAAAUUGACAAGUGUCUCGACUUGGCAAUCUUUUGUUCCAGGUCUACCACACUCGAUCAGCACUUUCAAUGCAGUGACGAAAGACAAGAGACACGGCCAUAUUUGUUUCUGCCGCCAUUGUGGAUCGGUGAUCUAUCGUGAAGCCGAAGAGGAUGGCUUCCGCGAUCUUUUGUUUGUGCCGGUGGGAGAUCUUGAUGACAGUGGCUAUGCCCAAGACAUGAAAGAGGAAGUUUGGUAUUAA